AUGAGUGGCCACCGCAACAACGAUUGCGGCUUUUGCGAGAAUGACAAGACAGAAUUGACCUGGCUUAAUAACUAUGGAGUUGGAAAUGAAUUGGGAGUUGAAAAUAGUUUAUUUCAGGAAACAAAUUGGUGUGCUUUAGAACACCAACUAUACAGACAAGGUUCACAAAUUCAUCCCUAUAAUCAAACACACCUUCAAUCUUACAAGUUGAUCAAGAUGCCUCAAGUGAAGAUUAUAGCUAAGAAUUUCAUGGACAUGGUGUCCUCCUUACCUGCCAUGAAGCUCGACAAGCUAUACGAGAAUGCCUUCAUUUGUGAAGCUAUUCUCAGGUCUUUGCCACCAUUGGCCAAAAAGUAUGUUCUUCAGUUGUUGUACAUAGAUGUGCCUGUGUCAGCCAGUUCAUUGCAAGAAUGGGUUCUUGUUGAUGGUGCUUCAAAGCAUAGAGUUGCUGUUGAUAGACUCAUUCAAUUGAGAGUAUUUACUGAAACUGUUGAUAGGAAGAAGGAAGCCACUUACAGGUUAAACCUGAUGUUUCAGAUGAACCUUCGGAAGUAUGUUGUUCAUGGUGGUGUGUUACCAAGAGAACCUAUGGCUGCAAAUAUAACAUGGUUCUUGCUGCAUCUCAUAAACUCUGCUGAAGUUGAGGUUACAACAAAGAGCAUCAGUCCUUCCAUGAUGAAAGUCUUCCUACGAGGAUUUUUAAGUCAAAGGGACAAUGAAGGUUCUCGGCUCACAGAAAGUGGUUUUCAGUUCCUGCUAAUGGAUACCAAUGCACAACAAUUUUGACAACAAUUCUGAGGACAGAGGAGUGGACUCUGCAGAUCUGAUCUCAUUUCUGCUAGAACUUAGCUUUCAUGUUACUGGCUAGAUUCCAAAUAUACCGGGCAGGGGAGCUUUACAAACAUAAAUCAUGGCUUUUAAGGGCUUUACAUCUUAUAGUUGGUGGAAGGUUUUGAUGGGGAGGCUUUUGGAAGGUUUUAUAAUGAAUAUUUUAAUUACAGGUUUGUGGGAAGAAUGAAUAUACAGAUGUCGAGUUUGAUAGGGUGCGUGAAAAAUGGGAUACUUAUGUCAUAAACUUAAUUUACAAGUGAUGUAUUUGACAAUUACUUUUUGAUGAAUUUGGAACGUAUUUUUUGAAUUUGACGCUAUAGUUUGUGUAAUUCAGACAAUAAAUUUGUAAUUUAGUUUGAUUAA